AACUGCGGACCCUACGCAAACUGCACCAACGUUCCUGGGAGUUACUACUGCACCUGCAUCGUUGGCUACGAUCCCAGCUCUGGGAAAGCCAAGUUCACACACGCGAGUGAGAACAGCUGCCAGGAUAUUGACGAGUGUCUGGACCCGAGCCCGGCAGACUGCGGACCCCACGCAAACUGUGCCAACGUGCCCGGGAGUUACUACUGCACCUGCAUCGAUGGCUACGAGCCUAGCUCUGGGAAAGCCAAGUUCACCCACGCAAAUGAGAACAGCUGCCAGGAUAUUGACGAGUGUCUGGGCCCGAGCCCGGCAGACUGCGGACCACACGCAAACUGUGCCAACGUGCCCGGGAGUUACUACUGCACCUGCAUCGCUGGCUACGAGCCCAGCUCUGGGAAAGCCAAGUUCACACACGCGAGUGAGAACAGCUGCCAGGAUAUUGACGAGUGUCUGGGCCCGAGCCCGGCAGACUGUGGACCCCACGCAAACUGUGCCAACAUGCCCGGGAGUUACUACUGCAGUUGCAUCGUUGGCUACAAGCUCAGCUCUGGGAAAGCCAACUUCACGCACGCGAGUGAGAACAACUGCCAGGAUAUUGAUGAGUGUCAAGGCCCGAGCCCAGCAAACUGCGGACCCCACGCAAACUGCACCUACGUGCCCGGGUGUUACUACUGCAGCUGCAUCGUUGGCUACGAGCCCAGCUCUGGGAAAAACAAGUUCACACACGCGAGUGAGAACAACUGCCAGGAUAUUGACGAGUGUCAGGGCCCGAGGCCGGCAGACUGCGGACCCCACGCAAACUGCACCAACGUGGCUGGGAGUUACUACUGCACCUGCAUCGAUGGCUAUGAGCCCAGCUCUGGGAAAGCCAAGUUCACACACACGAGUGAGAACAGCUGCCAGGACAUCGACGAGUGCAACAAGACCACAGAUAUCUGUGGCCCCAGGACCACGUGCAUCAACACCAAUGGGAGCUACCGGUGUGAGUGCCUGGCCGGCUACAUCCCCUCCAACGGGAACACGACCCUGUGCAAAGUCCCCAGCAUUAACUCCAGCGCUGAGUUCGUGGCCAUCAAAGAGAUGUUCAGGAAUUUCUCUCUGCAGGGAAAGUGGAGCGGUGAAAGCAGCAAUUUUUCCUCUUUCCUUAAUUCGACCUUCAACAUUUUGAUGAUCAUGUUUGGAGACGGGAGUGCGACGUUAUCACUGGAGAACGCUACUCUCCCUUUCAACUCGGUCCUGAACCGCACCUCCCGCUUGGAGGGUGGAGGCAAGGACGAGGUUGUGUCGGCUGUAACGUUCGUCCUGCAGAGCGUGGAACGGGCCGCGCUGGCCAUUGCGCUCCAGUCUCCGGAGAGGACAACACAGAACAUGACCACAGAGUCUCUGGCUAUCCAGACGCGGCUCGUCACAGGGAACUGCAGCCAGCACAGCAAGGUCUUCACACUGAGCGCUCACGAAGAGACGAUGGACGUGCGCUGUGAUACAAUCACCGAGGCAGCCACACAAGCUGGUGUGGGGGCUGCUGCUUUUAUUUCCUACUCCACCCUGGACUCCAUCAUGAGUGUGAGACGUCUCAGCGAGGGAAAUCAACGGGCUGGUGGGAAACUGGAGAAAAGUCACCUCAAUUCCAGGGUGGUGAGUGGGGCCAUUGGAGAUGGGAGACCCAUUAACCUAUCCAGACCCGCAAACUUCACCCUGCGACAUAAACAGGCCAAAAAAGAGGAGGAAGAGGCUCUCUGCGUCUACUGGAAAGUGGUGGCCGAGAACGGCAGCUGGUCUCCAGACGGCUGCACCGCCGUGCACACGAACAGCACUCACACCACCUGCAGCUGUGACCAUCUCUCCAGCUUCGCCGUCCUAAUGGCUCCCACCGCAGUGACGGUAUCUCACCGUGAGACUCGGGUCACAGGGCAGGACCCUGAGCUCCGCACCCAGCCGUGGGCAAAGCUCUCCCUGGAGCGACUGGAGGCUUUGCUGGGGAAAAGGCUGAGUCGGAGCCGAGGGGGCUGGGCUGGGCUCACUGGUGAUUCUCCCUUUGCUGUGUUACAGGAGAGCUACCCACUGACCAUCAUCACCUACGUGGGACUGACCCUCUCCCUGCUGUGCCUCCUCCUCGCCAUCCUCACCUUCCUCCUGUGCCGCUCCAUCCGCAACGUCAGCACCUCCCUCCACCUGCAGCUCUGCCUCUGCCUCUUCCUGGCCGACCUGCUCUUCCUCACCGUGGUGACCCGCCCCGGCAGUCAGGUGGCGUGUGCUGUCAUUGCUGGCCUCCUGCACUACCUCUUCCUGGCCUGCUUCAGCUGGAUGUUCCUGGAGGGGCUGCACCUCUUCCUCACCGUCUGGAACCUGCAGGUCGUGAAUUACACCAGCGCCAGCCGGUUCAAGAAGAGAUUCAUGUACCUGUUCGGCUACGGAUUCCCAGCCCUGGUGGUGGCUAUUUCUGCAGCGGUGAAUCCUGAAGGCUAUGGAACUUACACACACUGCUGGCUUAGCCUGAACAGAGACUUUCAUUGGAGCUUCCUGGGACCAGUCUGUGCCAUAAUCCUGAUAAAUAUAACGUUCUUUGUCCUUACCCUGUGGAUCCUGAGAAACAAACUCUCCUCCCUCAAUGCAGAUGUGUCCACCCUCAGAGACCACAGGUUACUGACCUUUAAAGCCAUCGCCCAGCUCUUCAUUCUGGGCUGCACAUGGAUCCUUGGUCUCCUCCAAGUCGGCCCAGCAGCCACGGCCAUGGCGUAUUUAUUCACCAUCGUCAACAGCCUGCAGGGAGCAUUCAUCUUCCUGGUGCACUGUCUCCUCAAUCGCCAGGUGAGAGAGGAGUACAGGAGAUGGAUCAAGGGAUUCCGAACAUUCAGCACGAAAUCUCAGACAUACGAUCUGUCCAUGUCUGCUGUCCCCACCACCAGCACCAAGACGGAUUGUCAGUGCAGACGGAUUAUUCCCGAUGAGCAGUCAGCACCGUGAAGAAUUGCCCUUGGCUCCAUUAUCCCUGUGGGUCAGGAUCCAGGGGCUCUGUGCGUCACCUCCCAGAUUCAACACACUGGUUUGCACAUUACACUCUUAGUGGCUUUGGAACCUACUGUCAUUUUUCUGCUUUUCUUGCCAGGACUAACCUUUCUCCCAGGUGGAGGCGGCAGCAACCCAGUCCGGGUUCAAUACCUAGGGGGUUCCAAUACAAAACAGAACCAGCUGGAGCUCUCACCCAGUAAUCUGGGAAAACUUCAGACCACCCCAGGUGCCUCCGAGAAGCAAUACGUCCCCUCUCAGAAGCACUGAGUCUCUGUAUAACAAAGAGAACUUUUAAUAAAAAGGAGAAAGGAAUCUGGCAUUAAUCUGAGAAACCUCCCAACCACUAUUUGAAAGCUUGUGACCAUGAGUAAGGCUAAGAUAUUUUUAGUA